AUGCAAGCUAUGGUGGCUUCCGAACCGUUUCUCAAUCGACCUAUGCACUUCAAGGAUGGGGCUGGAGUCGGAUCUGUGAAAGCUCAAAAUAGGGAAGUUGCUAAGUGGUUACCUCAGCGCAACUCGGGCUCUUAUCAGGCCAUCGUCGACUACUUGAAAUUCCUGCUUGGCAAAUUCAACUCUGGUGCAACCUACCCUGCUGGUGCAGAAGCUUUGGAACUCGAUCGACUUCCUCAUCUGUCUUUGGAAACUGUCCGCGCUGAUUUGACGGUUUUUGCCAACGACCCUCCGCCGCCUAGUCCUUCCAUAGAGAAAAUCAAGCUCUUACCUCGACAAGAUUCUUCUUGGUUCACAUACAGGAGUCUCUUUCUUCAAGAUCUUACUCGUUAUUCAAUCCCUCGUGCGACUCUUGCUUGGGAGUCAUCUGUGGGCUCAGCUUGGAACCAGAUAAUGCUGGUGUUCUUAGUGAAGCACUGGCGAUGGGCGCUGGCGCAAGGGGUAUUCUCUCAAUAUUCACUUGAUCUCAGAUAUUCCAGCGAAGCAAUAUGUAGAGCGGUCAUGGAGAGGUGGAUUCGAGGCAGAGUGGGACAAGAUGAAAAAUAUCGCAACCGAAAGAAGAAAAACCAGAGACGAGCUACACUUUUUCGUUACCACCAAGACGCUUUAGAAGAGUUUGUCGAAAUGAACCAUAGAGACCUUCUUGUCCCCGCAUUGAGCUUACUUCCAAGCGCUGCCUGUUGUUCGGAUACCGAGGACGAUGGACCAGGUAAAACCCGUGCUAUUGGUAUGAUCUGGAGAAGUCGGGAAUUCUCAGAGUUUGUUCAUUUGCUUGAUAAGCUAUCCUUCAAACAACAAAAGUCUUUGCAUGGGUCAAGAUGGGCGGCAGGCCGCCUUGACAUGAGAAGAUCUCGAGCAAUCCAGAUCUCAUCCCAAGGUAAAGCUCCUAGAAACCUUCCAUCAAACUGUUACUGUCCUGUUUGGAGGGAUUCUUUCGGAGAAAGCCAUAAACAGCUCCUGACUCAAAAAUCUCCCAGUCCAACUCUUACUUUACUGAUAUCCAAAAUACGUGAAUCACUUGUUUAA